AUGAAGGAGUAUCUUGAUCUCGGGCACAUGAGUUUAGUUCGGGAUGGAGAUACAGUACCUGCUGAGUCGUAUUAUUUGCCACAUCAUCCUGUGUUCAAGGAGUCUAGCACCACAACGAAAAUCAGGGUCGUGUUCGACGGUUCUUCUAAAACCACCAGCGGAUACUCGUUGAAUGAUGCUUUGUGCGUGGGACCAGUGGUGCAGGACGACUUGCUAGAUCAGCUUUUGCGGUUCCGCACGUAUAAGGUGGCAUUAGUUGGCGAUAUAGCAAAAAUGUACCGCCAAAUACUUCUUCAUCCUGACGAUCGACCGUUGGUGCGAAUCUUGUUUCGCUUCGAGCCGCAGCAGCCAGUGGAGACCUACCAGCUGAAUACACUGGCCGAUGAUGAGGGUAAUGCAUACCCACGAGCGGGCCCAGCUCUACGAAAGAAUUUUUACGUCGACGAUUUCAUCGGUGGAGCCCAAUCAGUUGAGGAAGCCACCCGCCUGCGAACUGAAUUGGCCGAACUACUACAAAAGGGCGGAUUUGAGCUGCGGAAAUGGACGUCGAACUGUGUUGAUGUGCUGCAUGGGCUGGAUGAGGCACAGGUUGGAACCACAACCAAGAUGAGCUUCGAUUCUCACGAAGCCGUGAAGACACUUGGCAUCAGUUGGGUUUCACAAGGUGAUUGGCUGGUGUUUGAGGGUGUGUGCCAGCCAGACGACGAUGUGAUCACCAAGCGAUCUGUGUUAUCUGCCAUCGCAAAAAUGUACGAUCCUCUGGGGAUGAUAGCGCCGAUAAUCAUCCGUGCUAAGAUGAUUAUGCAGGAGAUAUGGGUGUCGUCACGCGAUUGGGAUGAAUCGUUGCCAGAAGACAUCGUAUGCAAGUGGAAGCAGUUUCAGAAGGAGAUACGAUCUCUAUCACAAUAUCGAAUGGACAGAUUCAUACUGCUUCCUGAGGCGCGAAACAUCGAGCUGCACACUUUUGCUGAUGCAUCUUCUGCAGCCUAUGGUGCUUGCACAUAUCUGCGCACUUGCAUCACCGCAUAA